AGCCUGGAUGCUGCUCUAACUCUCACGUCAGACAGCAGAGUGUAUUAAGGGCACACAUUUGUCAGUCUCUACACGAAUUCUGCUUAAACACUUUGAAUAAUGGGACAUUUGUUUUUGCCAAGCUAGUUACCAACCUUCUUGUGGAGAUGAUUUCCAGUAUAUCUUUAAUUAAGAAAACAAUAUCAUGGGGAGCUCAGCAUAUAGGCCGAUCUGUAAACAGCUGUGAUUUACUGACAGGAAAAUAGAGAACUCAUCUUCUGAAAACUCAGCAGAACAUAAAUAUUUCUACUGACGAAGCACUCACGAUGAGUGCGGCCACUAAAAUAUCAAAGUCCCCUUCAUUGGUGAACUCACUGGCCAAAAGAUAUGAUCCAAAACCCUCGCAGAACCUGGGGCCGAUUAAUGCACAGAAGGACUCACAAGCGCAAUUAAUUGGUAAAGACCUCAAGAAGCCAAAGAACAUGAAUCUCACAGACCCCAAACUUGAUUUUGUAAGCCAGAAAAUGGACAAUCUUUUGAAAGUGCAAGAUAAUGUUAUUGAAAAACUGGAACAUAUUUCAUGUAAUAUAGGUGUAAUUGAAAAAGAUGUCACCUUGAUAAAAGAACACAAACAAAAAUUAGAAGAGGGAGAGGAUAAACCUAAAAUUGAAGGAGGCAUUUCAGAAAUGAAAGGACUGUUUAUGGAAAUGAUUAGUCAUCUUUCAUCAAUUAACAGAUAUGUAGAACAGCAAGCGAGAAGGAUGGAUGAAGUUGAAGAAAUUCUACGAGAUGCACACUGUUCUUUCCGUUUUAUGUUGGAACACACACAAAUAUCAACUAUUGUGAAACUUCUGCAGGGGCAGCAGGAUGCAUUAAUACCAUGCACAACUGGUAAGAAAGUUAGAGAGAAAGCCAAGAAAAGCCAAGAAAAUAAAGGUAAAGAAAAAAGGAAAAAAACUGUUGUACAAGAUUACAAGAAAAGGGAUAUAUUGCGUAGAAAAAAGUUCAGGGUUAGCCAUGAUCAAAAAACACAUGCAAAGAAGACAACUUUUUGUUUGGGUUUUAAGGGAACAAAGUCACAGCAGAAGAAGCCACCGGACUCAGAGCGGCAUGUCCAAACGAAGCAGUCUAUCACAUAUAAAGAAAAGGUCCAAAAGCUCAAUAAAGAAAAUGCUGAAAAGACAACUGUUAUCUUGGUUGAAAAUAAAUCAUCAGAAAUAUUAAUUGGAGAGAAUUUCAACAUAGAAAGUUGUAUAUCUAUAAAUCUACCAGAAACUCGUAUCGAAACUAUUGAAGACCGGACAGAGGAAGGAGAGGCUCCUUUAGAUGAAGAAUCUAUCCAUUCCUUUGAAGACAUUAGUACAAUAGUACUAGAAUCAGUGGAAUUGACCAAUGUUCUGGAAUUCAAGGAGGAUGCAAAUUUUGCCAUUUUAAUGAGAGAAGAGGAAGAAAACCCAAAUUGUAAAGUUGAAGACCUUGAGGUUGAAACUGAGCUUGAAGAGGAACAUGAUAAAGAGGACAUUGUGGAAGAUGUUACUAAGGAAGAGGUCAAACCAUUAUUGGACUCUGAAAAACUGAUAAUAGUUCCUACAGAAGAUGCCAGCCAAGAAGAACAUAAUAUUGACACAUUACAAGUUGCACAACAAUCGAUCAGAAUCGAAACUCAGGAGCUGGAAAUAUUGUGUCCAAGUGCAUCACAAAGUAAACAUGAUGAACAGGCUCUGCCAGAAGAAGAUGAAGAAAUGUCAAUGAAUCUGUUACAGAGUGGUGAAAACUGCCACUGUGAUCCUGGUUUGAAAAGUAAACGUUACGUAGCCAUUGAAGAUCACGAAACACAGGAAAGCAAGAAGAGCAGGUUGGACGUCAAGAACACAGAAGAGGAGUUUGCUACUCAAGAUACUAAAGAGGAAUUAUUAGACCAAAUAAUCGCCAAUGAGGAACCACAUAAAAAGAAAGAUACAGAUGAAGCAAGUGAGCAGGCCUUAUUAAAAGAGAAAGAGGCACGGUUCUUCCUUGAAGUUGCACCAUCUCCUUCAGCACCGUUCGACCAUCGAAUUGUCUCAGCUAAACAUGCCCAAAUAAAUAGCUUCUAUAAUGUGGAAAGGACGGAGUUACUUGGAGGUGGAAGGUUUGGUCAAGUACACAGAUGCAUAGAAAAGUCUUCCGGUUUAAAACUGGCUGCAAAAGUUAUCAAAGCAAAAGGUCACAAAGAAAAGGAAGAAGUGAAAAAUGAGAUACAAGUUAUGAACCAGUUGAGUCAUAAUAACCUUGUGCAACUAUAUGAUGCAUUUGAGUCCAGAAAUGAUAUUGUGCUCGUUAUGGAAUUUGUGGAGGGAGGUGAAUUGUUUGACAGAAUAAUUGAUGAAAGUUGCAACCUGUCUGAAGUGGAUACAGUCUUAUUCAUAAAGCAGAUCUGUGAAGGGAUUCAAUAUAUGCACCAGAUGUACAUUAUACAUUUAGAUCUUAAGCCAGAAAAUAUUAUGUGCGUGAAUCGGGCAGAUUAUCAGAUCAAAAUUAUUGAUUUUGGACUAGCUAGAAGGUAUAAGCCAAGGGAAAAGUUGAAAGUACACUUUGGUACUCCAGAAUUUCUUGCCCCUGAAGUUGUGAACUAUGAUUUUGUCUCUUUUCCCACAGACAUGUGGAGUGUGGGAGUAAUUGCCUACAUGCUCCUUAGUGGGCUCUCACCAUUUCUGGGUGAAGAUGACAAUGAAACUCUCAACAACAUAGUGGCGUGCGAAUAUGAUUUUGAAGAAGAAGAAUUUCAAAAGAUUUCUGAAGCAGCCAAAGAUUUCAUUAUUAAGUUGCUAGUAAAGGAGAAGUGUUGGAGAAUGAGUGCAACUGAAUCCUUAAAACAUCCGUGGCUCUCAGAUUCCGAACUGCACUUUAGAAUCAGCCAGCAGAGAACACAUAAGAGCUGUUCUGUGUCUGAAGCACCUGUUGAGCAAUGACAUAUUGCAGAGAAGUAACAAGCUGAAGAAACACUGCUGUGUGGUUUCUGCUGUGAACAGUCAAAAAAAAAAAGAUCAGUUCUGACCUUCCUUGAAAUUUCUUGAGCAUUUAUCAUCUGGACCACCGCCACUUUAACGAUAGGAUGGGUUCUGGGACAUUUCCUGAGCUGAAUUCGGUUUUCUUUUUCACAUGUUAGGAGUAAGCCACCCCCUGAUUCCAUUACCAGAGUCUUACUAGUUUUUUAUGAGUAGUCUGAAAACAUCACAGCAAUGUUUUCCCUGUAUGUGUUAAAUCACCAAGAAUCCAGUAAUAUCAGAAAGCCAGUUAAAACUAGUUUACAAUUAUUGUACAGUUCUGCUUUGUCAAGUCUUGUAUCAUUUAUAAGUGCAAUACUUACCAGGUUUCUAACUGCAAAUUCACUCACAAUUUCAGAAAAUCAAAUUUUAAUCAAUACAGUUUUACUCCAUAUUUAUAACCUCUCAUGGCAUUUUAUCAGUUAUCAAACGUCUGAAAGGUUUGAUGACAAUAUAGACAGUAACUGUCUAGCUUGUCUCCAUGAACCCCAGUGUAGAGGAUUGGUAUUUCCGUUUGCUGUAUACUUAGAGUACACUGUGUAAUGACAUUUUGCCUGCGUGAAAUGAAAAACUGUAAGUUCGUGUGCAGUGGGCUUACCAACCUUUCUGAAUGGGUUAAAUCAAAUGACAGAAUAUUAAAAUAUUAGUAUGUUGCUACAGAAAGCUACCGUAAACUCAAAAAUAUGUGAAGGUACCUCGUAACCUGAAUUAAUUAUACUUUGUUUUUGUUUUUUUAUGAAGGGUUACUUACUAUUUCCACAAUAUGGAGACACUUUGUGGUUUUUCACUAUACCAGGGAUAGGCGAGCUAGAUCUCCCAUGAUGCUUUGCCAGCCUUUUAGCUUUAAGAGCAUUAUGGGUGAUGUAGUCUACAACAUUUAACGUUCCAAAGGUUGCCACCACUGCAAUAAACCAUGAAUUAUAGACAACUGUAAUAAGGAAAUGUAAGCUUUAAGAUAAGCUAACAAAACUGGAAAAAUUGCUGGAGAUAGAUAAUCUUUCCGGUUUGGCAAUUUUUGUAUAAAACGCCCUUUUCUAUUUUGCACAGUUUGGUGUACUGGAUGUUGAUGCUAUUAUACAAAAGCCCUUCAGGUGUUUUCCAUUUUAAUAAUGGAAACAUGGCAUAUUAUGUUAGAAAACAUAUGGUGAACCAAACAGUAUUUUCAUGGCAUCCUUUGCAUUGGUAAUUGAUAACUGUUGAUCCAUCAAAAUAUAUGGCAAUAAAACAGAACAUAGUCAACACAUCGAACUGAAUUUCAGUGGUGCAGAUAUUUAGAACAAUUAUUUGUAAUUGUAAUGAAAAAUAACAGAAAAUGAGUGGCACAGAACAAAAAGUUCACAAUAGAAUAGUUACAGAAUUCUAUUUUAUCCCACAGAUAUAUCAUUCUAUUGCAUCCUAUUGAUACAUCCUUACAGCCUGUUAGGUCAGAUGUGAUAGUGUUCAUGAUCUAUGCCUGGGAUUUAACCACCUACAUGGAAAAUGUAUAUGUAUAAAAAUGUAACUCGGUCAUCUGAAAUAGAGAAUUAUUUACAUUACAGUGUGUUCUGAUGACUUGACAAAUUAGUUGCAAAAUGUCGGGAGAGUAGCCAG